AUGCAAACUUGGUCCUUCAGUCAAGCGGUCUCACCGACGACGUGCGCCAACGAAACGCGGAGCGCCAACCGGGCCCCCGAAUUUUUCAUUUGCCUCACGUCCAGCGUAGUUUACGGGUCGGAGAUGCAGGACGUGCUGGACGACGACUCGGAGAUGAGCGACUGGCUGGUGGAGAGCGAAUCCAAGUCCGGGGUGGUGCUGCACGACCGGCUGAUGACGGACGCCGCCCUGGGCGCUGUGCCCAUCAAGACCGAGCACUCUUACAGCCUGCACUCAGACGUGGAGUCCUCGCCGCCCUCGCCGCAUCACACAAAAGUCGAUGACAUGGAGGACGAAUGCUAUCCAGCGAUCCCAGCCAGCGCGUGGCGGAGCCGGCGGCGGUCCAGCUCCCCGCUGACUGAGGUGAAGGCCGAGCCAAAGUCUGAGCCAGAAUCUCCGGCCUCCUCGUGCCCCCCGUCACCCACGCCGGGCACCCCCCUAACACACCUCGACUACGUCAUCGACCACACGACGGGAACCAUUCACAUGCCGCAGGCGGUCCUGCAAAAAGUCGGCGCUGCCGCAGUUCCUCAGAUACUCCUGAACGCGGCCCCUCGCAUCGCCAACUCCCUCAGCGGCAACAAGCUCUCCAUCAAGGUCACGUCCAGCUCCGGAACGUCAGGCUUCAACCUGCCGCCGACACCGCCCUCGUCCCUCUCGUCGUCGGACAGCGAGGGGGCGCUGUCGCCCGCGCACGAGGCGAGCACGCCCCCCGCGCCCGCGCCCCCCGCCCGCCGCGCCCACCUCUACGUGUCGCAGCACUCGCGGCAGCCGAUCAACACGCCGCUCAUCAGCAGCCAACCGAAGGGAUCAACGGGCACCUUGGUUCUGACGGAGGAGGAGAAACGCACAUUACUUGCAGAGGGUUACCCAGUACCAACGCGUCUGCCCCUCACUAAAGCCGAGGAAAAAUCUCUCAAGAAGAUCAGGAGGAAAAUUAAAAAUAAGAUAUCUGCUCAAGAGAGCAGGCGCAAGAAGAAGGAGUACAUGGACCAACUAGAGAGGAAGGUCGAGAUUUUGGUGUCGGAGAAUUCGGACUACAGGAAGAGGGUGGACACGCUCGAGCAGAAGAACGCGAGUUUGCUCAGCCAGCUGGCCGCCCUGCAGGCGCUGGUGACGCGCAACGCCCGGAAG